UUUCAUCAUCGAUCUCCUUCUCAAGUUGGUGCGCUGCCGUUUCAUCAUCCAUUACUGAAGACGAGUUGCUACGUUGUCAUUUUCUCUUUACUUGUUUAAGCUAUAUUUGCUUUAUCACCCAAUCAGACUUUGUUUCUUUCCAAGCUACCAGACAACUUCAAUGGAAGCUUGUCUUCUUGUAUGUUGCUGUGCCUAUAAGAGGCGGAUUUGAUGAAUGAAAAACAAAGAACUAGGUUUUCACUUCUUCACUCUUGUUCCUUUGUUAUGGUAUCACAGCCUGGGAUAAAACCCUAGCCGCCGCCGCUUCUCUACAAUGGAUGACAAUCAGGCUGAACCACCGCCACAGCCAGAACCCCAACCUCAAGAUCCACAACAACAAAAUGUUGUCGAUCCUGCUUUUGACCCUUUCUUCCUCCAUGGUUCUGAGCAACCUAGAUCUCUUCUUGUUGCUGAAAAACUCACAGCAACAAAUUACAAUGAUUGGAGCCGUGCUAUGCUCAAUGCUCUUGUAGCUAAAAACAACCUGGGAUUCAUCAACGAUACAAUACUUGAACCUCCAGCUACUGAUGCCAGGCAUGGAGCUUGGACUCGCAACAAUGUCAUGAUUCUUAGUUGGAUACAACAGUCCACCUCUUCAGAAAUCCGCAAAACCAUCCUCUCCAGGAAAACAGCAGCCGAAGCUUGGAAAAGUCUCCAAACAUGCUAUGGAUCUUGAGAUCUGAUUAGGAUUGCAGAACUUGAAGAAGCUUUAUGUUCUCUGCAGCAAGGUAAUCAGACUGUGACUGAAUAUUAUGGUAGAAUGAUUACUCUGAAAGAUGAAUUAGAGAACUAUCAACCUCUCCUGCCAUGUUCAUGUACUCCUACCUAUCACAAUACUUGUGUUUCAAUGAUAACGGUUCUCUAGUACCAAGAAACAAGUUAUGUAAUUAAAUUUCUUAGAGGCUUCAAUGAGAACUUCUCUGGUGUUAGAGAACAAGUGCUCUUUGGAGAUGAGCUUCCUAAUAUCAACAGGGUCUUUCAAAGGAUGCUUCAGCACGAAAGGCAGUUGUAUGGUACUCAAUCUGGAAAGCUCAUAACUUCUAUGCAAACAGAUUCAUCAGCAAUGGCUUUUCAAGGGGGCAGAGGCCAAAUCCCAGUUCCAAACCCCCAUACUGCACUUUUUGCAGGAGAGAAGGGCACAAUGAGAAUAUAUGUUUUCAAAAACAUGGUUGGCCUCCUGGCAUGACAAAACCAUCAUCAUCCACACCUGGAAAUGUUCUCACUUGUUCUUAUUACAAAAGAAGAGGUCACUCUGAAGACAAAUGUUUUCAGAAAAAUGGAUACCCUGCCAACUUUGUGCCAAGGAAUCCCAACUAUGUUGCUGGUCGAGGAAGACAUUCUGUCAAUUCCAUUGCACUACUACUUCACCUGAUGAAGUCAAGCUCACCAGAGCUGACUAUGACAAGCUCAUGCGCUUGAUGAAUGCAUCACAACCUUCCACUUCUUUCUCUGUUGCUGCCUUUGUCACCAACAAAGGUAUUCUUCUCACCCUAUCUUUACUGCUUUCUCUUCACACCAGACAAUGUGGAUAGUUGACAUAGGAGCAUCAGACCACAUUGUAUGCUCCUUAUCUUAUCUACAAGACCCUCAGCCCUUGACCAAUGUCUACAUAACCCUACCCACUGGAACAAAAGUCCAAGCAACCCAUUAUGGCACAGCUGCAUGCAGUGAUGAUAUUAUCCUCCAAAAUGCCCUGUUUGUACCCCAUUUUUCCUUCAACCUACUUUCUGUGAGGAGACUCACUUCCACUACCAAACUAAGCUUAUCAUUUCAUUCUACCAUGUGUCUCAUACAGGAUCUAGAGCAGAAGAAGGUGAUUGGUUCUGCUAGCCUUCACAAUGACCUCUAUUAACUUCAAGCAUCAAACACCCCUAGGUUGAUCACUGCUGCUUCCAGACCUCUCUUUGAUCUAUGGCAUUUUAGACUAGGACAUGUAUCCCACUCUAAAAUUCUCAUUCUCAACCAAUUUUGUACAUCCAUUACAACACAUAUGGAUCAACCUUGUGAUGUUUGUCAUUUUGCAAAACAAAAACGUCUUUCAUUUCCUGUAAGCCAGUCUGUAACUCAGUAUCCCUUUGAACUACUUCAUGUAGACAUUUGGGGUCCUAAUUCAGUUCCAUCCUAUGAUGGCUACAAGUACGUUUUAACCAUUGUGGAUGACUUUUCCAGAAUGACUUGGAUCAUUCUACUUCAUCUUAAAUCAGAAGCCAGACCCGAACUCAUAGCCUUCUGCACACAAAUACAAAGAGAGUUUAAAAAAAAAUUAAAAACCAUCAGGCCUGAUCAGGGCCAAGAGUUCCAAAUGACUGAUAUCUUCACCUCUACAGGCAUUACUCAUGAAAUGUCCUGCGUUGAAACCCCUCAGCAAAAUAGCAAGGUUGAAAGAAAACAUCAACAUAUACUUGCUGUUGCUAGGGCUCUUCAAUUCCAAGCACAUCUACCACCAGCCUUCUGGGCAGUUGUGUUAAGCACGCCGUCCAUCUCAUUAAUAGAGUUCCCACCUCACUUCUAGCCAACCAAACCCCAUUCCAAAUACUUCACAAUAAAUCACCAGACCUAAC